CGUCAUGCUAUUCAAAGGAGUAUGCCUUGGGAGUAUGCAUAGGGAUAGGGCACCAAAAAUUGUGGAGACAAGAGCUUUUCUCUUGAACAGCAUUAUCGAAAUCGAUUGUCAUAACAAAAUUGCAAAAUUCGAAUAGAAAAUAGAAGUACCCAUUUUCGAGAUCAACGGACUCUGCGAGAAGAUCACGGAAGAGGCAGAGCAAGCUAUGACACAUUUCUUCGUGUUUUUUGCAGAAGUGAAGGCAUCAAUACUGCCCAUCUAAUGUUCAUUAUUAAUGUGGUGGGAUUAUCCGAUCAUAAGGUUGAACGAUGAAUGCAACCAAAUACUCAUUUUAUUAAUUCAGCCAUUAAAAUCAGGUUGUAACGAUUAUGAACCCAAACCCCCAUCAACCAAAAUGUACAAGUACAACCCACCCUCCAAAAAAAAGGUAGGAGCUUUGGGCAAAGUUAUCGACUUUAUCAUGGUCGCUAUCUGCGUCGUCAACAGCCACUCCUUUAGACCCAAUCCAAAUGCCACUCUGGGCUGCUGCUUUCCGCCCCGUCAUCGAGUCACCAUGCCAAUUUUCACCCUCUGUCACGGUGGAUCACUCGCUGGCCUCUCCUUUCUCUCCCAGCAUCAGCUGUUCUCCACCGCUGACACCUUCUCCGCAAAUUCUCAGGCAGUGAACCCGCCAUUGUUGAGUCAUUUGAGAAGUACCCACAAGCUCAGGCACUCACUUCUCACUGUCAGAGCCGGAGACUCCAAAGGGUCCCCUGCCGCCGCCGCCGCCGCCACCAGCGAAGCUGUUCUUGAAGCAGACUCCCCUGAUGCCGCCAAGCUAGCUCGGAGAUCCGCCGAUUGGAAGGCGGCGAGAGAAUUCAAGGAGAGAGGGGCGAUUCAUGUUGGCAGGAUCGAGGGUUCUAAUGCCGGGGGUUUACUUGUACGCUUCCAUUCUCUUAUGGGUUUCCUUCCUUAUCCACAGUUGAGCCCUGCUCACUAUUGUAAAGAGCCACACAAAACUAUCCAUGAGAUAGCCGAAGGCAUGGCCAAUGCACUUAUUAGGGUGAAGAUAAUUGCAGCAGACGAGGGGAACAGGAACCUGGUUUUCUCGGAAAGGGAAGCUGCAUGGGCAAUGUUCUCGAAAGGUGUCAAUGUUGGGGAUGUUUUUGCGGGAAGAAUAGGGUUAGUGGAGGAUUAUGGUGCCUUUGUUCACUUGCGUUUCCCUGAUGGUCUGCAUCAUCUCACUGGACUAAUACAUAUUUCGGAGGUCUCGUGGGAUUUAGUUCGAGAUGUACGAGAUGUCCUAACUGAAGGUCAAGAAGUGAGGGUCAAAGUCACUGAAGUCGAUUGGAAGAAGUCAAGGAUUGCGUUGUCAAUAAAACAGUUGGAAGAGGAUCCUCUGCUAGAAACUUUGGACAAAGUAAUUCCUCAGGACGAUGGUUCAGUUGACACCGAUCCUAGUGGCACGUAUAAUGGCGUUACCAUCGAACCGCUCCCUGGACUUACCGAGAUAUUCACUGAACUCCUGCUCGAAGAAGGUAUAGAAGACAUAAGAAUCAAUAGGCAAGGAUUCGAGAAACGGGUGGUCUCUCAGGACCUCCAACUUUGGCUCUCGAAUGCAUUGCCGAUAGAUAGAAAGUUCAUCCUCCUGGCUCGUGCUGGUAGGCAGGUGCAGGAAAUCCAAUUGACAACAACACUUGAUCAGGAAGGUAUCAAGAAGGCUUUGCAGCAUGUUCUGGAACGCGUCCCAUGAUGACAUGCAACGAUGGUGAUGGAUUCGUUGACUUGUUCAUGGAGGUAUCAAGACAACAUUAUGGCCAUGGAUUUGUGUUCAUGGUGAUAUGUUCAAUCAUAGGGGAGCCGACGAGGUUGUUUAGCUGAUGUAUCGAUUGUUCGUCAAUUGCUUCGGUUGUGUAUACAACAAGUAAAUGUACUAGUCACUUCAAUUCCUCUUCUCUGUAAUGUAGUUUUUUUUUCCUCUCCUGGUAAAGCGCCUCUGGGUGCACGAAACGUUUGUAUACCCCAACUCAGGUUAUCAUACAACAAAAAGAAACAAAAAAUAAGUUG